AUGAUGGCCCAAGACACAGCCGCCGAGGGCAGCCUAAAACCACAAUACGAAAAGAGGCAAUCGCAACCUGAGAAUCCAUUCGCUGCUUUGAUACCAGAUCAGCAGAUUGCCGUUAUUCCCCAGUUCACUCUUGAGUCCGGCAUCACUCUUUCCAAUGUACCCGUCGCCUAUACAACAAGGGGAAGAUUGAAUGAACACGGUGACAAUGCCAUGGUCAUCUGCCACGCUCUCACAGGCAGCGCUGAUGUGAGUGACUGGUGGGGGCCUUUAUUGGGCGGUCCUGGGCGAGGUUUUGACACGUCAAGAUUCUUCGUUGUCUGCAUGAACAGUCUUGGUAGUCCUUAUGGCACCGCGAGUCCUGUCACUGCCAAGGAUGGCGAUGAGUCAAAGGGUCGCUAUGGUCCCGAAUUUCCCCUAACAACUAUACGUGACGAUAUCAACCUCCACAAACUCCUCCUGGAUGACUUGGGGGUGAGACAGAUAGCUGCCGUCAUUGGCGGGUCACUAGGAGGCAUGUUUGUUCUUGAAUGGGCCUAUUUUGGCAAAGAAUACGUACGAUGCAUUGUUCCCAUUGCCACGUCCAGUCGGCAUAGCGCAUGGGGCAUCAGCUGGGGUGAAGCCCAGCGACAGAGCAUCUACGCCGACCCCAAAUACGACGACGGCUAUUACCCAUUCGAUGACCCGCCAGCUACGGGUCUGGGCGCUGCCCGAAUGGCUGCUUUGCUGACCUACAGAAGUCGGAAUUCCUUUGAGUCACGCUUUGGCCGCAACACCCCCGAUCCUUCCAAGGUGCAGACAAUCCGAGAGCGACUGCGGCCAAGUACUCCAUCCGAAGCCCAUUUCUACAUCCACAACGACGGCCACAACGUGAAGCGCAAGAGCAUCUCACGUCGCUGUAGCGGAUCCAGUGACAAGGAGGCAGCACCGUCUCCGCGCGCCGACUUUCUCGACCCUCAGUUUCAUGGACCUCGAGGGGAGGAAGGAAACAGCACCAGCCUCGCUGGCGGCGACGCGCUCCCUACUUCCAAUUACUUCUCAGCGCAAUCAUACCUGCGAUACCAGGGCACGAAGUUUGUGAAGCGGUUCGACAGCAAUUGCUACAUUGCCAUGACCCGCAAACUCGAUACACAUGAUGUAUCACGAGGUCGGGCGGACACAGUCGCUGAUGCCUUGGCCUUGAUUGAGCAGCCCACGCUGGUUCUGGGUAUCGAGAGUGACGGUCUGUUCACAUUUGCAGAGCAGGAGGAGAUUGCGAAGCACGUCAAGAAUGCGCGCUUGGAGCGGAUUAAGAGCACCGAGGGCCAUGACGCUUUCCUCUUGCAGUUUGAGCAGGUGAAUAACUACACUCUGGCGUUUUUGAAGGAGGUUCUACCCGAUAUCAUGAACAAGGGGGCGGCAGCGCCGGAGGAAUCUGGUGUUUACAAGUUGACCAAGUCUAGUACGUUUGGUGAAGCAGAGGUCGAGGACAUUACUGCGUGGUAG